UCAAAUCCUCCAAAACCUGCGGCGGUACCAGGUCACGGUGGAGCCCAGGAAGGUGUGAUGGGAUCAGCAGGAUUCCGGUACCCGCUGGGGACCUUUGGAACAAGAUAACGGCCGGGUCUGCGUGUGCUGUGGAGAGCGGGGCAGUUCACAGGGCGCAGCACACCCGUUCCUGCAGUGCUGGCACAUGCAGGGCCGGGUGGCCAUGGCGGCAGAGAUGGUGCUGAGCCACCGGGCACCCCACGGGGCGCUGAGCGAGGCCGACCUGGAGGAGGUGGCACCGCGGAACCCCCCUGCCAAGCCCUCGAUGCGCCGCUGCCUCCACAAGAACAGAUGCUCGGCCUCCACCGCCAAGUCCCUGCUGUUCCGCUUCCUGCCCGUGCUGCGCUGGCUGCCACGGUACCCGCUCAAGGACUGGCUGCUGGGGGACAUCACCUCGGGCUUCAGCGUGGGCAUCAUGCACCUGCCCCAGGGGCUCGCGUACGCGCUGCUGGCUGGGCUGCCCCCCGUCACCGGCCUCUAUUCCUCCUUCUACCCCGUCUUCCUCUACUUCUUCUUCGGGACGUCCAGGCACAACUCCGUGGGCCCCUUCGCCGUCAUCUCCGUCAUGAUUGGGAGCUUGACGGACUCCCUGCUGCCCAGCGAGAACUUCCUGGAGUCCAUCAACGGCAGCAACAUGACCGUCAAUGAGGAGCGGCGGGACGCAGCCCGCGUGGAGCUGGUGGCCACCAUCACUGUCCUGACGGGCAUCUUCCAGGUGGCCCUGGGCCUCCUGCAGUUCGGCUUCGUGGUGACCUACCUUUCGGACCCGCUGGUGCGCGGCUACACCACAGCUGCCUCCGUGCAUGUCCUUGUCUCCCAGCUCAAGAACGUCUUCGGGGUGUCCCUGGGCGAGCACUCGGGGCCGCUCUCCCUGUUCGUGACCGUCAUCGAGAUCUGCCGGAAGCUGCCAGAAACCAACGUGGGCACCCUGGUGACCGCCAUCAUUGCCAUGGUGGUCAUCUACAUCGUGAAAGAGCUCAACCACAAGUUCGCCGCCAAGCUCCCCAUGCCCAUCCCAAUCGAGCUCAUCACGAUAAUCAUCUCCACUGGCAUCUCCUACGGUGUCAACCUGAACGCCAAGUUUGGUGUCUCCGUCGUGGGCAACAUCCCCAGUGGGUUGAAGCCGCCCGUUGUCCCUAAUGUCAGCUACUUUGGGCAGGUGGUGGGCAAUGCCUUCGCCAUCGCCGUGGUGGGCUACGCCAUCUGCAUCUCCCUGGGCAAGAUCUUUGCCCUGAAGCACGGCUACAAAGUGGACAGCAACCAGGAGCUGAUCGCACUGGGCUUCUGCAACUUCCUGGGGGGCUUCUUCCAGUGCUUCGCCAUCAGCUGCUCCAUGUCACGGAGCCUGGUGCAGGAGAGCACGGGGGGCAACAGCCAGGUAGCCGGUGUCAUCGCAUCCCUGGUCAUCCUGGUGACCAUCCUGAAGAUCGGAGAACUCUUCCGGGACCUGCCCAAGGCCAUCUUGGCUGCUAUCAUCAUCAUCAACCUCCACGGCAUGUUCAAGCAGUUCAAAGACAUCCGCAUGCUCUGGAAGUCCAACCGGGUGGACCUGACCGUCUGGAUCGUGACGUUCGUGGCCACGCUCAUGCUGAACCUGGACAUCGGGCUGGGGGCCUCGGUGGCCUUCGGGCUGCUCACCGUCAUCUUCCGCACCCAGCUGCCCCACUACUCCAUCCUGGGGCGCAUCCCCAACACUGAUGUCUACAGGGAUGUGGCUCAAUACCAGAUGGCACAGGAGGUCCCUGGUGUGAAGAUCUUCCACUCCUCCUCCACCCUCUACUUCGCCAAUGUGGAGCUGUAUGCCGAGGCCCUGAAGAAGAAGAGUGGCAUCAACGUGGACCGCCUGAUUGAGAAGAAGAAGAAGGCCCUCAAGAAGCUGAAGAAACAGCAGAAGAAAGCAGAGAAGGAGAUGGCAAAGAGGAAAAAGCACACGCAGGAUGGGCAGAACGGGCCGAGCGUUGCGGUGAUCGAGCUGAGCGGGGAGGAGGGCGGCGCUCCCCCCGCGCCCACCCUGCGCACCCUGGGGCUGCCGCAGCCCAGCUUCCACACCGUCAUCUUGGACUUCAGCCCCGUCAGCUUCGUGGACACCGUCUCCAUCAAGAUCUUGAAGAACAUCUUCAGGGAUUUCCAUGAGAUAGAAGUGGACGUUCUCGUUGCCAGCUGCCCAGUGCCUGUCCUCGCUCAGCUGGAGCGGGGCAACUUCUUCAGCGCAUCCAUCACCAAGCACUGCUUCUUCCCCUCCGUGCACGCCGCCGCGGAGCACGCCCGCAGGGAGCAGCGCCCGGCCCCGCCGGACCUCAGCACCAGGAUGUAGCCCCGCAAGAGGAGGACAUCUGCGGA